AUGCCGAGUUAGUUGUUCACUCGAAAAGAAAAUUUGCGUUGCUGCUCAGGCGAAGGCGUCGACACAGCCACAGGGUCAGCAAGCCAGUUGCCAUUGUAUACGUGCAUUUUAGUGUUUCCUCUCAGCCUUGUGGAUAGUUUGAAGGCAGGGCAUCCAUGUUCUCUGAGAAAAUGCCUUGGAGCGAGCUAGCGCAUCGCUCUGGCGUAUCAUGUUUGUGUGCUUGUGUCAGUGAGAAUUAACUUAAUUCUGCUCUUUGAGCUUAUGAGGUGAUAAUUAUCUUGUUAGACUGAGACGAGUCAUGGAUGAUUCCUCGCCCAGUGGGUCGGGUCGUGCUGGAAAAUCCAAAGUGAAAGGAAUUGCUCACUUCGACGCCGUAUCGUUGUUAUGUAAUCUGACAGACCCAAUCGACAAUUCGAAAUCAGCAAAUGAGAAAACUGGUGCAUCCGCUGCUUCGUCGUACGAUGAGAGUAAAGCAGGAGCUGAAAACGGCUUAGUCGUGCGGGCUGCCAAUUUUGUUACUGACAUAGGGAGUGUACCAUGUGAGUCAACGGAUGGAUUCAGAGAUCACGCUCGAUGGACCAACUCAAGUUCUACGGAUGACGUUCAUUCUCAAGCCCGCAAUAAGGAGAAAUCAUGUUUCGUGCCUGCGUCAUGCACUGGUGUGCUGCUUGAAACCCCAAUACAGCACCAAUUACUGGAUACUGCAGAUAGGGAACGUGAAUGUGCUUGUAAUGUAAGCGUGCUACAUCAGCCUAGUACUGCAGCUGAAGAAGGCGAACUCAAAUAUCGAUCAGAGCACACCGACAUGGGAGCAUAUUACUAUCGGCAAUUUUUCUAUGACAACGAGCACCAAAACUACUUUGGUAUGGACGAAAACUUAGGACCAGUUGCCAUCUCGGUGAAGCGUGAUUUCAUUAUGCCGGAUACGAGUGGCAAUUCAAGCCCAACUGCUUUAGCUGGUGGGAGAGGUGCGUUUGCCUUCACCGAACCACUCUCUUCUCUUUCCUCCCCCGUGCUAAAUAACUGCCAGUCUUUAGUGACGGAGGACAUUUGCCCACUGUACCGGAUCAUCGUGCGAACAUCUCGCCUGGAGGCACUCAGAGUGGCUGUGCUGGAAGAGUGCGUUCCUGAUUUGCGUCCUCGGCCGUCAAUGACAAGUGUCAAUGUGCAGACUGUGGGCUCCACUGCGCUACCUGCACGCGAUGUUAUCUCCUACGCACUGCCCUCAAUUCAGCUCCCCUGCCUGCGCUUGGCACGUGCGGAGCAGAAAGUGUAUGACUCACUGAUGCGGCUAGACGAGCAGAACAUCUGCAGGCAGGUGAAAGCUGGAGUAAUGUACUGCGAUUCUGGCCAGAGUACGGAAGAAGAUAUGUACAACAACAUCAACGGCUCAUCGCUAUUUAAAAGCUUCUUGGAAUGUCUCGGUACGAUGGUAGAAUUGAAAGGCUUCACACGCUACCGUGCACAGUUAGACAACAAGAACGAUACAACGGGAACUCACUCUGUGUACACGGAAUACUGUGGUAAUGAGCUCAUGUUCCAUGUUUCCACGCUGCUUCCGUACACGGAUGGCAAAAAGCAACAGCUUCUUCGCAAGCGCCAUAUCGGUAACGACAUCUUGACUGUCGUCUUUCAGGAGAGUGAUGCUGAGCCGUUUUCACCCACCGUCAUCCGCUCUCAGUUUCAGCAUGUUUUCAUCAUUGUGCGACAUAUGCCCGGUUUGGAAACAUCAACAUCUGGCCCGAUGUUCCAGGUGGCUGUCACCCAGUCCAGCUCCAUUCCCCAUACGCCUCCGGCCAUUCCGCCCAAUCCUGUGUUUGCACUUGGGCCAGAGCUGCGCGAGUUUGUUCUUGCCAAGCUUGUGAACAUGGAGAAUGCGGCGCAUCGCUCGGCCAAGUUCUUGACGAUGGCAAUGCGUACUCGGCAUGACUGGCUUGUCGAUCUUGUCAACAACUACUCUACCAUGCAGCUGCUCGACCCGCAGAAUGUAUCGCAUGCUUGGGGCCGUAUCACUCAUGCGUUCAAGGGCAAGCGUGGCAAGUCCAGUGCAGCACCGCUUCGACAAGCGCCAGCUGGUGAUAGCCGUUUGCUCGGUGGUAUUGCUUGGCCUGUUCAAGUUACAUGCUGGGACAAUGGCACAGAGGCUCGGCCUGAAGAGUACCUACUCUGCAUAUCGUCGCGUUUUCUCUGUGUGCUACGCGAGAAGACGCAGCGGCUCUACCUGUUCAUUCCUGUGGAUUCGGUGAUUGGCUGGACGAUGAGUAUUGAUACUGGAAGGAUGUGCAUCUACUAUGGCAUUGGUGAAUGCUUGCAGUUUAACCUCAUCUGUGACGAGGAAGGCUCUGUGAGCGAGGUACAAGAUAUUGCGUCUCGGCUUGCACAGUUUUCUGAUGGUUCUCUUUGCCAAGAGAUUAUCCUGCAACGCUCGACCAACAAUCAUCUUGGUUUCAUCUUACUGGGUGGCGGAACAAUCGGGGAGGUGGAUCCGUAUGGUGUCGCUUGGAAAUGCGGUGUCCGGCAGAACUCCAGGGUACUCGAGAUCAAUGGUAAGCCGCUGUGUGGAAAGUUGCGUCAAGACCUCGUCAGCCAGCUGCGUGAGAAGUCUGUCACGCUUUUGCUUGUGCCCCCGUUUCCAUCUAGUGGUCGUCAGCGGUAUGGGCGGCCCUCUUCUCUUGAAGAUUCACAUCCGCACAAUGCUGCGAGGACCCCCCAGCGAUUCAGCUCUCAAGGAAUGAUCAUUGCAUCCACACCCGCACCAAAGGCUUCACCCGGCCAUCUGUCGCCGGCUCAGUCAGUCAGCGAGUUACUGGAUGUGUCUCCAGAGACACCGAUCCGUUCUCCACUUGGCUCUCCCAGAUCUCUUGGCCCUGGCUCUCCCUCGCUAGCGCCCGAAAAACCGCCCCGGCGCCACUCAGACUGCUUCAAACCUGCACUUUCUCCGCCAGAAACACCUACCAAUGCCAGUCUGCCUGUAAGUAACAUAUCGAGGGGCAGUGAGCUGCGACUCUCAGAUGUGCGUGGCCGUACCAGGCAGCUUGGUGAACGUACCGGAUCACAAGCGCUCUCAGUAACUCCGUACUCCGUUAGCGACGUCCAAAGUCCUAUGUUCAAAGGUAUUGUGGCAAAGGCGAAAGCAUCUCUGGCGGCGUCCGUGGCUGGAAAGACAGCAACAGAUCGUGGUGCUGAGUAUCGGGCUAAUUGGCAAUCAGAUCAGCAGGUCGGCUCUCCUCCUGACACCUCUUCCAUGUCACCGCCUUUUCACCGAUUGCCGUCAUAUCCUUCUGGGCGUCGCGUGCGAACGGCUACACAGUCGUCUCAAUCUGGUGAAGAUCCACUGCAUACCAAUGGAAUUCGAUCAGGAGACACCGGUACUAGUGAUGAGUCUGUGGAUGCAAAUGAUAGUGAUUGCAACCCUUCUACAUCACUCUUUGAUGUACCAGAGAAUGCAUCGGCUGAUCAGCUACGGCAAGCAUUAGUUCGCACGCAAUCUGAGCUGCUGCGUUGUCAGCACAAGCUUGCAGCGCUGCGUAAAGAAAACAGCAGCCUGGUGCGUGUUGUGGAGAAGAUGCGCACUGACCCUGGUGUAGCGAGUAACAGCUAGCAUUGUGCUUCCGCUAUGCACACUUGAUGAUCUAUCUUGGUUUUAUCAUUUUUUCAAGCUCAUGUGUGAGUCCCCAUCUCUUCUUGUUCUAGUACGAGAAGAGAAUGUAAUAUUGUUGAGGUGGUCUGAAGACCCUGUGUAUACUCACCCCUAUCUGAGGUUUGAUAGACUGACUUGGAUAUGCUUUGUUCCCUUGCUCCUAGACAUCAGUAUGUUAGUAUUUUAUCUUCCCGCUGCAUUAUAUAACCUGCUGUCUUGUUUUGUUUUUCUUGGCCGCAGAAACAGGGUCGCUGCCAUAUUCUCGUACCUGUUCUGUAGCAAGUACAUGUCCAGCUGAUUUGCCGCUCCAACUUGUUUUCGUGUAGCGCACACUGGUGUGCGUUAUGUAUAUACUGUUAGUAGUAGUCCUUAGUGGAUGCUGUUUCCGCAAACAGCACUAGGUCGUUCUCUCUUUUGACGUAGAUGACUUUUCAACAGUCGACAGGCUGUAGCAAGAGUACCUAUUUUACAAAUGAUCUCUUCUCUAAAAUCGCAUCUGCCUCCCUCUGAUCUUUUCUGUUUGUUGGAAGUAUGAGGCCGUACAAGGAUUUUCAAUGUGGUUCUUAUUUGAAGCCAGCACAGAUUAUGUCACAUGAACUAUUGUCAGUUUCCUAAUGCUGAUGUUGUCUUAUUACCAGUACUUUAUUGUUAAGUAACAGCGCAGCAUCUAUCAUCCAGUGAUAUUGGCCGGUCUCUCUCUCUCUCUCUCUCUCUCUCUCUCUCUCUCUCUCUCUCUCUCUUUCUUCUCUCUCUCUCUCUCUCUCUCUCUCUCUCUCUCUCUCUCUCUCUCUCUCUCUCUCUCUCUCUCUCUCUCUCUCUCUCUCUCUCUCUCUCUCUCUCUCUCUCUCUCUCUCUCUCUCUCUCUCUCUCUCACUUUCUCUCAUCUCAUCUCGUUUUGCUGCAGCCUGUUUUCAGCCUUCACAUGCGUCUCUUUUAGCGAAAUUGCACUUCUCUACUUUAUGUUCUGUUCCUUUGGUCGGGUUUCUUCCCUUGCCACAAGCUGAACUGUCAUGCUGCCAUACUUCCACACAUUCAUUUCCCCAUACAGCGACAUUAGUUGAUGCAAUUGCUUUCAUAGGACUACUUGUACUUUGUAGUUAAUGACGACGGUGUGCGGUGCGUCGGCAUGGCUUCGCCGCCAUUCA